AUGCUGCCCCAUGUGUUCCCAGAGCUCCUUCGGUCGACCGAGGUGCUCGUGAUCCCACCCACUCUGCCUUCCUUACACCCACAAGGCCUGUCGGACGAUGCGCGCAGGCGGCUCAAGAAGUUUGGGGCAAUCAUCGAUCUUUACCGGAGGCCGCAGACGACAGGGGACCCCGUCAACCCAGGCCUGCAACCAGAGUCGUUAUUGGAAAAGCUUUGGGCCGAUGUGAGUGCUAGCUCUCCGAUAGCCUCUGCAUUGCCCCAGCCCGCCGCCGUCCGGACCGCCAUUGGCGACUGCUACUUCCUACGACCCUGCACAUACACGUUCCUUGGCGCGACCCGUCCUUUUACGAUCAAAGCUCUGCGGCACUUCAUCAAUGAGGCCCGCUAUCCCUCGCUGGACGACGGCUCUCGACUCAAGUGGCCAACAGAUCUCACAAAGUCACAGAAGCAACAGUUCUGGAGCUGGCUCAACAGUCAAUGGGCAACAGCGGUCGAAAAGGACGUUCACUGGAAACUGAUCUUCGGGGCGACGCCGACAUGCGUUCUGCAACAUCACCAUGGUCACGCUGCAUCUGAUGGGUGUCCACAGUGCGGCCAACGAGACACCUCCAUGCACUUCUACUUUGAAUGUGACCAUUCACGUGAGUUCUGGCGCCUGACCUUGCAGCUGCUGAGGGUUGCGCUUGGCCAGGCAGGUGACUUCCAACCUGGCGAAGUCGACUCUCCUCAGAUCAUGCUUGGCCUUCCUCGGGUGAGUGGCGAAAGUCGUGACUCUCGGACCUACAUCGUCGUUCGGGUCGUUCUUGCGAUUGCUUUCAACAAGCUCUACCUUGCUCGAUGGCAUCAGCACAAGGAUCAAAUUUCCCUACCGACCCCGUACUUUCUUACUCGCGAAGUCCGCUCGCAUCUCAAAUUCCGACUUCGACGUCUGCCAGACGGCGAGCUUCUGGACCAGAUGAUGUGACUUGACGUUUUCAUGAGUACGGAGUUUCUGAGUUUUCUCUCCUGAUUUUCCUCCCCUCUCCUCUCUCUCUUUCUCGAUUGUGCCUAUUCUUUACCACCGGGGAAUAGGAAGGGUGGUGGUGCUCACAUGAUUGGAAUCACACUUUUGGUGGUUUCAGGAGUGUGGGGGCUGCAUGGAUCUAGUGGCUAUAACUUUACAUAA